CUCCCCGACAGAGCUAGGUGCCUGGCAAAGCCACGCAACGCGGUCAACACGAGCACGCAGUACCAACCUCCUACUAGCACCACGAAUUCCAUACCGAUCGACCGGCGAAAAGAGUCCCAAGACCGUGACUAACAUCCAAACUCUCCCUUUCACUUUAAUACAACUUCACCAACCGACAAGAUGCAGCGAUCCGGCUACGGGCAAUCGCCCCCUUUACACCACCCUGUCCCGCAACACGUCUCAACCGUUCCUCAGCUACGAUCGCCACCGCCGCCCACGUCGCAACCUCACUCCGGCUAUGAUGGAAGCCCUUACCAACAGCAAGGGCGGGCACCGUCAGGAAACAUGUUUGGCCAGUACGGCAACUUUAUAAACGACCCGGCAGCGCAGCUGGCCUCGCAGUUCGGACAGACAGCGUUCAAGCAGGGACAGGAAUACCUCGAGCAGAAUGUCAACCGCUUCGUCAGUGUCUCGGCGCUCAAGCAUUACUUCAACGUCACCAACUCCUACGUAAUAAACAAGCUCUAUCUUGUCCUGUUUCCCUGGAGGCAUAAGCCCUGGUCCCGCAAGCAGACAGUAGGCCCAGGCGGCCAGGAAGGGUGGUACCUGCCUCCCAGGGACGACAUCAACAGCCCCGACAUGUACAUUCCGGUCAUGUCACUGGUCACUUACAUCUUUCUCCAGACUCUCAUCGCGGGUCUACGUGGCCAGUUCCAGCCGGAACUGUUCGGAUACAUUGCGACAACCGCACUAGUGGUGGUCAUCGUUGAAAUCCUGGGUCUGAAGCUUGGAUGCUACCUGUUGAGCAUCUCCAACGAGUCGCAGCUCCUGGACCUCGUUGCUUACUCUGGGUACAAGUUUGUUGGUGUUAUUGUCACCAUCUCUAUUGCCGAGAUUGUGAAUGGCGGCAAGGGAACUGGUGGUGUGAUCGGCUGGACUGUCUUUGGUUACACUUUCUUUGCGAACGCUCUCUUCUUGAUGCGCUCCCUGAAAUACGUUCUUCUUCCCGAGAACAACAACAACGCCCAGGGUCCUAUGCAAACCAUGCCCACCGAAGGUCGGGCAAAGAGAUCGCAGAGGCUACAGUUCCUCUUCUUCUACGCCUACAUCGUGCAGCUCUUUUUCAUGUGGAUUCUGAGCCGGCCAUGAAGUUUGACGUUGGGCAGCCUAACGAGGGUAUAGACAAAACAUCAAAAACAUGAUUGCCGAGAGCAAGAAGAAGCCUCGGUAUAACGGGUGAGGUAUGGCAUAUAUGGUCACCACAGCUGCGGCCAUUCACAGCUAGUACGAUAAUGAGUGACUGGUGCGGGCGUAUGCAAAUGUCUAAUGAGAAUCGGUAGAAUAGUCCAAAAGAGGUUUCGGUCACUUACCAACAAGGUUAGGUACUACGCCGGAUAUAACCGGGGUGUCACCACAUUCAUGUAAUGGAAAGGGGGACAUAGAUAAGGCAACCCCGAAGAUCUUAACGCGGGUAACAUUGAACCAAAUACCUGGGCCUACCUACCUAGAUGGGCAUCGCGAUAGUCGAGCACAGCAUUCCGUUUGAUAAGUACGUCUCCGAGUACGUCAGCUAUUGGCUCGCAUACUAAUAGGCGUGCAAUCCCCCGACAUUUCGUCGACAGGAUGGGUUGAGCUGUAGUCGUGGACACCUGUAUUCACUUCAGAGUGUAUGCCAUACCUUCCUCGCCAACAUGAUUCAGUAUCUUGAUGCGUUUCUU